AAAAAAACUUUUUACACAGUAUAUUCUGCUCAUAAAGAGCUACUGAAAACAAAUAAAACCACCUAAGCAAACUUCCUUUAAAAAAGAUGUUACCGGGGUUGGGGAUUUAGCUCAGUGGUAGAGCACUUGCCUAGCAAGCACAAGGCCCUGGGUUCGGUCCUCAGCUCCGGGGGAAAAAAAAAAUGUAAAAAAGAUGUUACCAUAAAAUUAAGACAAUUUCAUUUUUAAGUUAAGUAAGUUAAUUUUUAAAAAACCACAACCUAAUUAAAAAUUGUAAAAAGUCUCGUAUUUAUAGACAUGUAUAGUCAUCUAUAAAGGAGAUGCAAAACUGAUAUUAACACAUGCAUGAAUGCUUAUCAUAAAUCUGAGGAUAAGGUAAGUUAAAAGCAUCUGUUCCCACUUCAUUCUUAAUGCUAUCAUCGAAAAAAGAGAAAUUAACCAACUGGAACCCCAACUCAGCUGAUGAGAUUGGUGAAAAUGAUUUGGAAAACUGCUUAGCAUAUCCUGAAAGCAUCCCAUAAGUCUAACAAUUCUUCACCUGUUUAUAUAUCCAAGAUAAAUGGCAUAAAAUAACUGUACUCUCAAGCGUGUCCAUGCUUCUUUCUAGCUAUGCUAUUCAUAAGAACAGAAAGGGAAACAACCUAGGGCUUGAGUGACGGCUCAGUGUUUAAAAGUGGUUAAUUAAGGCUGCUUUCCCUCUUGAAACUUAGAAUCCAUUGUGGGAUGACUCAUUGGUCUGUUUUCAAUAUCAUGUCCCAAAGAGAUACAGAGAAAUGAGGAGAUCUAGCAAGACUGGGAAGGAGUCAACCUGAGGAGCUGUGCUGACAUUGCUGACACUACACUGUAGUUUCAGCGUUUUGGAAAGUUUAAGUUGGAGGAGUCUAAAUUCAAGGCUAGCCUAGACAAUUCAGUGAGAACCUCCUUCAAAAUAAAAACUUAGAGAUGGCUGGAAAUGCAUCUGAGUGGUAGAAUUCUUGUACAGCAUGUACAUGGCCCAAGUUCAACCCCAAUAUCACAUGGUACUGUAACAGUCUCAUUUCAGUUGUGAUAAAAUAUGACACAAGCUGAUUUGGACAAUCACUGAGAUUCCCUACCCAGGUGAUUCUUCGUCACAUCAAAUUGAUAAUAAAAACUAAACAUCAAAACAAUUACAGCAGUACCAUCUAAGGUUAUAACCUUAGAUCACAGAGCACCAUUACUAAUGCAAGAGUUAGAAAUACUAUGAAAAUUUAAGAAUGUGACACAAAGCCAGGAAGUGAUCACACUGUAAAAGAGACACCUGUAGAUUUGCUCAAUCCAUGAAUACCUCAAAGCUUUGAAAAAAAAGAAAGCAGUAUUUGUGAAAGGUAAUAAAGCAAAAGACAAUAAAAAGUCAUUUAUGCUUAUACAAAGUAGACGGGUAAAAUGUGCAGUGGGUCUGGGAAAAGAACAUGAGCUCCCAUGCCCUUUCCAUUCUCCCAUCUCCAUCCCUACGUCCCACAUCUGGGAACACUAGGGCCCUCUUUUGGAGAACACUUUUGAAGAGUCAUUGCACAUGCACAGUCACCCAUAGUUAAGGUUUCUGUUUCUGUGACAAAGCAUCAUGACCAUAGAAGCUUAAGGAUGAAAGGUUUUAUUUCAGCUAACAGUUUGUACUCCGUCAUCCAAAGGAAGUCAGAGCAGCAACUCAACGCAGGAACCUACAGACAAGGACUGAUGGCAGACGCCAUGGAGGAGUUCUGUUUAUGGGCUUGCUACUCAUGAUUUGCUCAGCUUACUUUCUUAUACCAUCCAGGACCACCCAUAUACAUAUACAUACACACAUAAACACACACACACACACACACACACACACACACACACACACACACACACGUAUCUAAAACAUUUAAUUGGGCUUGCUUACACUUUCAGAGAUUAAGUCCAUUAUCGUCAUAGCAGCUCAUAGGUAGACAUGGUACUGGAGAAGCUGAGCAUCUAUACCCAGAUUCAUAGGCAACAGGAAGAGAAAAAGCCUCUGGAGAUGUUUUUUCCAUUGAAGUUCCCUCUUCCAAAGUGAUUCUAGCCUGUUGUUGAGUUGGCAUAAAAACUAGCCACCACAUGUGGAGAAGUGCAACUGGGAAAGAGGAAUCUGAUUUAGUGCUAAUAUGCUAAUAGACCAAGUAAAGAACCCAACAAGAGAAAGGUUUGUCUAGACUCUUGGCCUCUCUCUUCAUCUGCCCUGCUCUGAAUUCAUACGGCAGGACACUUUCUACAAUGGGAGUCCUGUGAUGAAUGUUAAAUGAGGUAAGCCAGAGAACUUUUCUUUGGGGGUCUCACUAAGUUUCCUGUCCUCAAACCCAUGACUUUCCUGCCUUAGCAUCCUGAAGGCCACAGUUAUGAAAUCCAUCACGAUGCCCAACAGAGUUUUACAUCUAUUAUAAGACAACAGGUAAAGGAAGAAUGGGGCUUCCAGCACUUGCUUUGAGAAAGAGAAAUUCCGGUUUCCAAGAGUCAGAUCAUGUGAUGGGAGGCCUCUCAGGGAAUGGGAUUUGUAUGUUACAGCUUAAGGCCAAAGGCCUUCUUCUCUUGGGAAUCCCAGUGUUUGCUCUUAAGGCUGUUGGUUAAUUGGACAUGGUCAUGUAGUUUAUCAAGGCCACUCUACUUAUUUAAAACUACAGAGUGUGCCUCUUAGCUACAUCCUUCAUGUCCUCCACAGCAACUCCUAGGGAAGGGAAGCCCAGGCACCACAGCUGAAUCAAGCUGAAACAUGAAAGUUAAACUCAGAGCAGCACUAUUUCCUUUCUGUUUGUAUUUUUCCUCCUUAACUUUUUUUAAGCUAAUCUGGACAUAUUCCAAAACACUGCUGCUUCUGCUUCAUUUUCCAAAGAAACAGGAUUCUUAGGAACAGCAUGUUCUAAACAUGAGCCCUUCCAGUUGCCCUCCUAGCUGCGAGCUGUGCAGUGGCUCUUGAGAAGAGAACAAAUUCUCUCCCUGGCAAGUAGUAGGUGCUGAGAGCCUCCCCGACCCACUUGCUCUGCUCACAUCUCUCAGGAAAAAUAUUCCUCACUGGGCCCUCACCCAGCUGCUGAGGAGUAGAGCCUCACCACGCUUCCCUUAGUGGUGCUGGGGGCAAGUCAGAGCACAGCAGCUCUAUUUUUAGAAGAAGCAAAACAAGUGAAUGGGCCAAGUAUUACAUGGGAGAAUCUUUGCUUCUCAGAUUUUAAGCUGUAACUUACCACCCACAGAAUUAAACAGGACAAUGCUCUCGUGAAUGCAAGCUGCAACCUGAGAAUCAAGGGUGGGUUCUCUGUGAGAGAACAUCUCAUAGGUGCUUGCAUAAGACUCUUACUGCCCUGGGUCACUUUCCUUGGGAUUUGUAGUCUUGCACAAUGGACAAUCUCUAAUUAUCUUUCCCCCAUUCUUUCCUUUUCCUUUUCCAAAUGUCUUUGGCCGCGCGCGUGUGUGUGCGUGUGUGUGUGUGUGUGUGUGUGUGUGUGUGUGUGUGUGUGUGUUGGGGGAAGGGGAGCAGUGGUGGCAAUGACGUUGCUUUUUGCCUUCUGUGUUUUCAGAUGAACCCAAAUUCUUUAUCUUGAGCUCAAACACCAUUAAUGUAAAAUUUUCAUGAGCAAUUUAGGUGUAAUUGUUAAUAACAAGUAAAGUUGGUGUAUAUAUAUGUGGAAAAACAUUUAUAAAUGAACUGUUCAUUGUUUCAGCAUCUUUUGGGGGAGCAGGUAUGGUGGCAUAUGCCUUUGAUCCUAACAACCGAGGCAGAUGGAUCUUUGUGAAUUCAAGGCCAGCCUGGUCUAUAUAGCAAUUUCUAGUCUAGCCAGAGCUUUGUAGAGAGACAAUAUAUCAAAAAAAUUGUAUUCAGUAAUAUAAAAUCUUAAUGUUAUAUUGUGCUAAAGUUCAUAAAUAUUUAUUAUCUGUCUUGAUCAUUUCUAAAUGAAGAAGAAAGGAAAGAUAUCAGGUUUUAGUAGAACAUCUUAUCUAUCCUUUGAUAAUUCCACAUGUCACCAACAUAUCUUGGCUGUAUAGACCCCUAGCCUCCCCUCACUAUUCUUAGACACCCUAAACUUGUCCCUCUACAUCUAAACUUGUCCCUAUACCUCCUCCAUGCCCUUUCCUUUUUUGUAACUCAUUAAGUCUUAUUAAUACUGCCUUCUGGCCUGUUGAAACAUCAAUUAAUAAGCAUAAGUUGAAGUCAAUAUACUUGGAUAUCUUUUUAUGGUAUAAAAAAAGCAAAUAUAUUAGGGUCUGUGUGUUGAUGAAUAUGGAAAAACUGGACUGGGAGAUGGCUCAGUUAGCAAAGUGCCUAUUGAAUAAACAUGAAGGCGUGAGUUUUGCUCCCUGGCACCAAUGUAAAAGGCAGAAUUGGCAGUUCAUGGGUAUAACCCCAAUGCUGGGGGUAAAGGAAAGUCAACAGGAUCCCUAGAGCUCGUUGACCAAUGAAUCUGGCUAAAUUGGUACACUCCAGGUUCACUGAAAGCUCCAUCCCCAAAGAAUAGGAUGGAAAGCAGUGAAGGAAGACAUUUAAUGCCAACCUCUAAUUCUGUCGUCUGCCGUUCACACAAGUACCCAUGCACUACAUACAUACAAACACCUGUGGGAUCAUAUACAUACAUGUCAUGUAUACACACACACACACACACACACACACACACACAGUUCUGUAUAUUAAAUGGCACUUGUCUGCAGAAUGAUUUUGAAAGUUGCAAAGGAUUAAAAUUCCCUCUCAUAUAUGUGCAAGUCCUUUAUUUUUUAUGAAGCAGGUUGUGCGAUAUGGAACUCGGAGUCUCAUUUUGCAUUCUUCUGAUUCCCACACUUAAAAAUUUAUUUCCCACAGAUAAAUUCAUCAGGUAUGAAUGGAGCUUCUUUGACAAAAGUAACCAAUAGAUUAUUUAGAUCAAAUAGACUCCUUGUCUGGCUCUUUGAUCUACUCAAUUUUAGAGGUUUAUGCAUAUCCUAGCCAAGGAGUGUGCUCCAACUCUUCAUAUUACCCUCCUGGGGGCUGGAGAAAUGACUCAGCAGUUAAGAGCACUGACUGCUCUCCAGAAGUCCUGAGUUCAAUUCUCAGCAACCAUAUUGUGGCUCACAACCAUCUGUAAUGGUAUCUGGUGCCCUCUUCUGAUAGGUCUGAGGAUGGCUACAGCAUACUCAUAUAUAUGUAUGCAUAAUACAUACCUUUAAAAAAAUAUUACCCCCCCUGAGAACCAUAACAGAAAUGUUAGAUACUGAGUCUUAACCUGGAUUCCUUUGGUUGUGGUGCAGCAAGCUAGGCAUGAUCUCCAAGCUGGCCUUUGGUGAUCACUAUGUUGAUGGUCCCUCUGAAAACUCCUGGUUUGUGAUCCUUUGAUUCAAUGAGCAUAUGCUUAGUGUAGACCAAUGAUCCACCAGGAGCCUUGAAGGUCAUUUACAGGCUGCCUGCACUGUACAGCCUAUCUGGAUCAUUUACUGGACACUCAGCCAUCCAGAGGCAUAUCCUGCCUGCAGAUUUUAUCUCCCAAGUUGAAAUUUCUUUUAAAGACAAGCAGCAGUGCUCAAACUUUGGAACAUGGUCCUAUCCCUCUCAGCAUACUGUAGGAUCCAACCUACUGAGCCCAAGAGGAAGAGAGAGAAUGGCUUAUGGGGGAGGUAUCAUGCUCUGAACAUUGCUGUCUUCCAUUACAAGGCUACCCAUUCUGACCUGCGAAGAGAAGUAAUGACUUCAGGGGACAGUGUUUGGUUAAAUGUGAGAACUCUAAACUUUUACUAAAGAGCCUUUAUCUCAUUGGCAGAGGGGUAAAUUUCCUAAACAGAACUCCAAUGGCUCAGGCUCUAAGAUCAAGAAUCAAUAAAUGGGAUUUCAUGAAACUGGAAAGCUUCUGUAAGGCAAAGGACAUAGUCAAUAGGACAGUCCGGCAACCUACAAAUUAGGAAAAAAAAAAAAAAAACCUUCACUAACCCCAUAUCCUAUAGAGGGCUAAUAUCCAAAAUAUAUAAAGAACUCAAGAAACUAACCACCAGGAAACCAAACAAACCAAUCAAAAACUGGGGUAUAGAACUAAACCGAGAAUUCACAACAGAGGAAUCUCCAGUGGCUGAUAAGCACCCAAAGAAAUGUUCAAAGUCCUUAGUGAUCAGGGAAAUGCAAAUCAAAACAACCCUGAGAUUCCACCUUACACCAAUCAGAAUGGCUAAGAUCAAACCCUCAGGUGACAGCACAUGUUGGCCAGGUUGUGGAGAAAGAGGAACACUACUCCAUUACUGGUAGUAUUACAACCACUCUGGAAAUCAAUCUGGAGGUUCCUCAGAAAAUUGGAUAUAUAUCUACCUGAAGACCCAGCUAUACCACUCUUGGGCAUAUAUCCAAAUGAUGUACCACCAUGCCACAGGGACACAUGUUCCACUAUGUUCAUAGCAGCCUUAUUUGUGAUAGCCAGAAGCUGAAAAUAUUUCAGAUGUCUCACAAUGGAAGAAUGGAUACAGAAAAUGUGGUUCAUUUUCAUAAUGGAAUACUUCUCAGCUAUUAAGAACAAGGAUAUCAUGAGUUUUGCAGGCAAAUGUAUAGAACUAGAGAAUAUCAUCCUGUGUGAGGUAACCCAGACCCAAAAUGAUAUGCAUGGUAUGUACUCUUAAUAAGUGGAUAUUAACCAAAAAAGUACAGAAUACCCAGGAUACAAUUCACAGAGCUCAAGAAGGUUAACAAGCUGAAGGGCCCAAGUGAGGAUGCCUCAAUCUCACUUUGGAGGGAGAAGAAAGCAAUCACAGGUUGGGGGUAGGGGGUGACCUGAGUGGAAAAGGGGACAGGGAGGGGAAAACAGGAACAUGAUCAGAUAUUGGGGGGGUGGACAGUACUGAAGCCCAGGGCCAGCAGAAUGAAUUGACACUAGCAACCUCAGGGGUGGGAGGUGUGGGGACCCUCUACAAUGUACCAGGGAACUGGGAAGUGAGAGGCUGUCCAGACUCAAAGGGAGGGACCUUAGAUGAAAUGCCCUGCAGUGGAAAGAGGGAACUUGUAAAGUCCACCUCCAGUAGAGAGACAGGGCAUCAAGUGAAGCAAUGGGGUUGCCAUCCCAUAGUCAAAAACUUUGACCCACAAUUGUUCCUGUCUGAAAGAACUGCAGGGAUGGAACUGGAGAAGAGCCUGAGGGAAAAGAGGUCCAGCAACAGGCCCAAAGUAGGAUCCAGCUCAAGGGGAAGUCCCUAGACCUGACACUAUUACUGACACUAUGCUGUGCUUACAAACAGGUGCCUAGCAUAAAUGCCCUCUGAAAAGCCCAACAAGUAGCUGAAAGACUCAAAUGCAGAUAUUUACACCCAACCAAUGGACAGCAGCUGGUGAUCCCUGUGGUUGAGUUAGAGAAAAGCUAGAAGAAGCUGAGGAAGAAAGUGACCCUUUAGGGAGACCAGCACUCUCAAACUAACCUGGAUCUGUGAGAUCUCUCAGAUGCUUAGUCACGAACCAGGCAGGAUACACCAGAUAAUAUGAGUCCCCCAACACAAAAUACAGCAGAGGACUCAGUGAGAGAUGCACCUAACCCUGAAGAGACUUGAGGCCCCAGGGAGUGGGAAGGUAUGGUGGAGUGGGGUGGGAGUGGGGACAGCCUGUUGGAGACAGGGGUGGCAGGAGGAGGUGUGGGAUGUGGAACAGAGGGCAGACAGGGUGGUAUAGGAUAAGGACUGGAAUGUGAAAAAAAUUAAAGAAUAAAAAAAAAGGGGGCUGGGGAUUUAGCUCAGUGGUAGAGCGCUUACCUAGGAAGCGCAAGGCCCUGGGUUCGGUCCCCAGCUCCGAAAAAAAGAACCAAAAAAAAAAAAAAAAGAAUAAAAAAAAAGAAGAAGAAGAAAAUAGGAGCCAGAGGCUGGGACAGCUGGGGCAACAUUUAAUAAAAGUCUGUUGUUUUUUUUAAAGAAAGAAGAAAACAAAGGAAAAGUAAAGUGAAUUUAGUGUUUAUUUCUAAUUUAUAAAAAGUUUCCUAUGAAAGCUCUCUGAGAAACCAGAGAAAAGGCAAAAGAUCCUAAAUAAGACAAGGAAAAUUGCCUUCCUCUCUUUGGUUUCAGCAUGCCUGCAUCUUUUUUUUCUUUUUUUGGGGGGUGGGGCUGGGGAUGGAACCCAGGACCUUGCGGUUCCUAGGCAAACGCUCUACCACUGAGCCAAAUCCCCAACCCCUGCAUCUUUCAAAUACUUGAUCACAUGGUAAAAAAUUCAUCACAAGUUUACACAUAAAUUCAAAUCAUAAAUUAAAUAGGAAGUUUAUAACGGUGAAUGUUUACAUUCGUAUCCAUUAGUAGUAAUUAUCUGGCUAAACAUUCAUCAACUGUCACAGCCUCAUGGAGAGUUAAAAAUGUAACUAAAUUAUUAAUGAAAUUUUGUAUAGGUAAACCCAGUUAAUAUUUUAUUUUGUCCUAGCACCUAUAAAAAAAUCAUUAGUUCCCUUUUUAUGACCUUUGGUUAAUAGUUUUACAACCUUUUGGAAUGUGCUCUGCAUAGUAGAAUGUCUAUCUCAGAAGUGACACUAAGUGUUCUGACUAAGUGACUGGCAAAAUUCUCAUUGCAGUUUUGACUAUCAGAAAAAAUUUAAUAGUAUUAUUAAAAGAGCUUAGUAAUUACUAUAAGUUUAGGAAUUCUUACAAGGUCAUCAUUAAGGAUAAAGAAAUCAUCUACUUUUCUACAAUGUAACACUACAAGACAGAACAUCUUUGUAGUUCUGCUUAGAUCUUCUCAAAAUGUUGGGAGGGGGCUAAAAACUAGUGAUUGUUAUAUAUGUAAUAAUAACAGGAAAAGCAUAUUAAUAGUAGAAAUCUUUCUGAAAAUGAUUUUCUGAUGGACCUUGCCUACCAGAGCUCUGUUAUAGAUCCUUAAUCUAAGGUAAAGUCAUCUCAGGAAGAUCACCUGCUAGUUAUUAGCUUGUUGCCUCCUGACAGACUGUGAAGACUCAGGUCUUUAACUUGAAGUGCACUGUAAUGAAUGAAACAUUUGCUGUAGUUAUCUCAGGUCAUUUAGCCACAGACUGUUCUUCACUGGACUCACUACGAGCUUUUCUUUCCCUACAUCUGCUCCCAAACUGAAUGUCCAAAGUGAAGCAUCUCCAAGAAAACUCUAAUACCCACCCAUUCUCCUCUCCUAACCCUCAACUUAAAUCACCCUAUCUGGGACCAAAGAGCUACUCUUUGAAUCCAAAAAAGCAGCGAAGUAUUAUUUUAUUUUUGAUAAAGUAAUGACUCUGUAAGUUAGAAAAUGCAGGCAAGAUUAAGAUAAAAGGAAAAUUCUUUACCUGCUCUAAGAUGCUGACACAAGCACCAAGAGUCAGGUUGCCUUGUCAUUUCUUUACGACCUUUGGGACACCUUAUCUAGAUCAUUGGCCUUAACUCACCACAAAUAUGCCUGCUAAUUUGAGACCAAGUGUGUCCAACUGUAGCAUUAAAAACAAUGAAUGACCAGUCCAGGCACAAACCCACCCAGACAUAUUAUACUUCUAUUUUAAUAAAUCUCAUAGUUAUCUCUUCACUGAAUCCACUGCCUGUGGCAUUGGGAAAAUAGGUUUCAACCUAAACUUUUGGCCAGAAUUCAUCUGUUCUGUGAUGGCACUUGAGAAAGAACUUAGCUUGGUUAAGAAGAGCCAAUGUGAAGAUCUUUUCCCCAUCUGUAGUUGCUGUUUUGUCCUACUGACAGUGUCCUUUGCCUUACAGAAACUUCAGUUUCAUCAGGUUUCAUUUGUCAAUUGAUGAUCUUAGAACCUGAGUCAUUCCCCCUGUGCCAAUGGAUUUGAGACUCUCCCCCCUUUCUUUUCUUUUAAAUUCAGUUUAUCUGGUUUUAUGUAGAGGUCCUUGAUCCACUGGGACCUGAGCUUUCUACAACCCAGGUCCCCAGAGCUCCCAGAGACUGAGCUAUCAACAAAAGAGCAUAAAAGAGCUGGUCCAUGGCCUCUGGCACAUGUGGAGCUGAGGACUGCUUUGUCUGGCCUCAUUGAGAGAGGAUGUGCCUAAUCCUGUAGAGACUUGAUGCCCCAGGAAAGGGGAAUGUGGGAGGGGAUGUGGGGUGUGGGUGAUUGUGUGAGGGGGAAUAGGAGAUGGGGGAGCACCAUCUCAGAGGCAAAAGGGAGGAAGGGAUAAGAACUAUGAGAGAUGGAACCAGGAAGGUGGCAACAUUUGAAAUGUAAAUAAAUAAAACAAAUUUUAAAUAAAUCAAUCAAUCAAUUAACUAACUAAAAAUAAAAGAGAAUAGCUGAUGUACCUAGAAUAGUAAAGAAGGCAGAAAACAGACAGUAUCUGUGUCUGGUCCCUCAAAAGGAAGUGUGAGCCCCAUCAUGGGUUUCCUGUGGACAUUUCCAAAACAAGUGCCACUGCUGGACACUUGGGGUCAGUCUCUAAAUAACACAAGCCAAAGAAAUGGAAAUUGGCUGUGUUAAUGGAAACUGCUUCAACAGAUCCAAAAAGGGCUCUGAAUGGAAUCAUUUCCAGGAGAAGGGAGCCAUUGUCUAGGCCUGUAGAGCCAUUAAAAAAGAGGAAAAGACCACAAUGGCUACAUUGGCCAAGUUUAAAUAGAAUGUUUUAGAACCAGAAGCAGUAAACACUGCCCGAAAACAGAGAGAAAAUUCUGAGAACAUUGUGUACUGUGGACAUACUGUGGUUUGAGGCUGGAAUGAAUAUCCCAAAAACAACUCUGCAAAUAAAGCUUUCAGGACAGAGCAGCAUUGGGAAUGACUGGGAAAGAAAGCUUUUAGGGUCUCAGCUUUGCUUGUGCCUUAUUUCAAGUGAAACUAGAUUUGUUUCUAAUAAAGAAAGAGCUCAGAACACAUUCUGACACUGGAGAGGAGACAGGAGGGUGGGCAUGUUUUAUUAGCCAACAGUUACAAGGUGCUGUGAAAGAUUACACAGUGUUUAAAUUCGGCAUCAACCCAUGUCACAGGAGAGGAACAAGGUCUAAGCAAAGGCUAAGAACUUUUCAAUAGGCAAACUUUUCAAUAAAUAACCCCACCCUACACCAUCAGUCUCUUUUGCUUUUUCUUCAGAUUUAGUCCAGGCAUCCCCAGACCAAAAAAAAAAAAUAAAUAAAAAAUAAAAAAAAAAAUCUGCCUGAUCAUUGAAAGCCGCAGAACCAAGCAGCCAGUGACUAAAAAUUCUAAAACUGUGGGUCAAAUGAGUCUUCCCUCUUUCUAAGGCAUGUGUGUGUGUGUUUUUUUUUUCACAGCAGAGAGGUGAGCAACACAGACCCUUCCAAAGAGACCAUUCAGGUUUAGUUACCCAGAAGUUGUUUUCUUGAGCUCUAACCUCAACCUGAACUAGACCAAGAAUCUGAACUCAAAGCCACAUGACAAUGUGUGAGUCUAUUUCUGAACCUGCGGCACUCACAGCAUCCUGGGAAACCAAUGGUGCCUGAAUCAUAAAACUCUCUGACUCCUGCUCAUUUCUGCACAUCCAUCUUGCAGCUAAGAUAUUUUGGAGCCAUGAUCAUCUCAUUGGCCACCAACUUGAUGAUCAUUAUCAUAACCGGGCUUGAUACACUAGAGACAAUUUCCCGCUAAUCAGCGAUAGCACCAUUGUGGCAGAAACCUUCCCCUAAUGAAUUAAGAUUUCAAGGAACCAAUCACUGAGGAAGUAGGCAGGACUUCAGGGUGGAGAGGGGAAGAGGUAAAGCAGGAGAAAAGAUAGGGUUUUCGGGGUGGGAGACGAGCAUGGAGGCCAAAAUGUAGGUAGUGGAGGUCCCCAGCUCAGGUGGUGGAUCCGUUGGGAUCUGCUAUCGGAGGAUUUAAGUUAGAAGGGCUUACAAAUAGGGUGCUAGUUCCUACGACAGCAAUUGUGUUACCUGUUGACUCUAAACUAAGUUUGUGUGGUGUUUCCCUUCACGCAGUGACUCAACUGGGUUCCGGAGAGAAAGGUACUGCAGCAAAGCGUGGAUUUUCAAGAAGCCCACCUCAAAAGGCUGUGGGAAUUUGGAAGCAUGUGGCACUGACCCACCAUGGGAACUUAGCAAGCCAGGUGGAGAGAUUUCGGAGCUCCGGGUCAAAGAGUCUGAUAGGCUGAGGGGGGAAGAUGGCUCUGCUCUGGACAAUAUUACUGACUCUCUUGGGUAUCUACAUCCAAGGAGCUCACACAUGGUGUUCGGAAACGGAUAAACUCUACAUUGAUCAAGCAGUCAGUGACCCUGACACAGUGAAGUUUGCUUUGAGUGAAUUCAACAAGCAGAGCAAGGAUGAAUAUGCCUACAGGCUGAUACACAUCAUGAGUUUCUUUAAAGUACAGGAAGAACCACCACAAACUUUCUUCAUGAAGCUGAGGCUGACAAGAACCAUCUGUAAGAAAUUCGAGAAAAGCCUAGACACCUGUCCCUUACCUGAACUGGAAUAUGUUCUCAUCUGUUCCUUCAGCAUCAGCAGCCCAGGCUCAAAACAGUUCAAUCUGUUGAAGAUGACUUGUUCUGAGGGACUUCUCUGACUGAGAUCCACCACAAGGAUCUACAUACAGCACUGAUCCAGGCCUGCUCCUUUUUCUAAAGAUACCUGCCAUUUACAGGAAUCAGCAAUUACAGGCUUAAGAAGCUCUGCAAGUGUCUGUGCUUUCAUGUCCUGGCAUUUUAGAAAUGUUCCGCUACACAGAUUCAUCACAUAGAUUAGAUCUUUAGACACCAGCACGCAAUAAGAUUUGUGGGCUCUGGGCAUGAGUCUGGACGCCGAGCACUUGGUGGAGUAAUCUCAGCAAGGUACCUUAGUGGCCAUCCUUGCAGACCAAGAGCUGUCCCAGAUACUACCAUUAAGGUCCAUCUGAGCUCUGGUCUCAUGACACAUAUGGUCAGAGAUAUGAAUGAUUGUUACCUGUCCCCCCUACCAGGGCAUCACAUGUACAUUGUCUUUGCUCUUGAGGACAUUCCUCACGUAUCUCUUCCCAGGUCUCUGAAGUUGGUACGUGGAGGUUGGACUGUAGCCUCACUCUUCAGGGAGUGGUUCCCCAACAAAGAACAGCAGCGGCAUCUGUUUGGCACCAAUUAGUAAUGGAAAACACUAGAAACUUCUGCCCUCAGAAAGGGAACCAAAUCUAAUAAUCUUAUUUGAGAAACACUGAUAAACCAGAAGAUCACUAAGUCCCAUCUGAGAUGUCUGUACCAGGGUCCAGCACAUGCUCCAAAGAAGCUAGAGAAUAACUAUUCUGACAUUUUGGAGUAUUUGGAUAUCUAUGUCAACCAUUUCCAGUUUGCCUUUGUUUCUUGUCAGUCACAGACUAUGUGGAAACUGAUGAGUGGCAGGGUUUCAAUAAGACUGUUAAAAAGUAAGUAGUGACCACUUUAGCCUUUGACCAUAGUUGCCCAUCUCUGACACUAAGAGACCCUUACUGUGCACCUGGUGCCUGGUGUUUGCAAGUGCUGAUUCCAUCUAAAGCAUCAGCACUUCCCCGAUCUGUGUCAGGGCAUGGCAGAAAAGAAUCCCAUCAGCAGGCCAUUUAUACAAUGCAGGUGUAGAAAGAUUAAGUCUGAGAGCCACAUACUACCAUGGAGAAGGAAGCAAAUAUCAGGCUGCCAACUUCAGGCCACCCAAUUCCACUGAAAAUAUCAUAUUAAUCACCAAGUUUUCUAGGAGGCUAAAGAGUUCGAUGAGCUGUAUUCUGGACUCCAUACUCUCUACAUUAAAUAAUAUACUCUUCAGAUAAUACUUAAGAUUCCUUUCCAUGGGACUGGAGAGAUGGCUUAGCCAUUAAAGGAUACAUUCACAACCAAGAGUGUAAGAUUCCUUUCCAUGGAUAUGUCUUCACUAUUUGUCUGUACCUGCUGUGGUGGUUUGAAUAAGAGCGGCCCCUAUAGGGUUCACAUAUUUGAAUGCUUACUCACCAAAGAGUGCAACUGUUUGAUAGAAUUAGAAAGACUAGAAGGUAAUGACUUUUUUGAAGUAGCUAUGCCUUACUCUCUCCCUCUCCCCCACUUUCACUGCCUGUGAAUCUUCAGGAUGUAGCUUUCAACUACUUCUCCAGCAUCAUUCCUUACAUGUCUCUUGCUGUGCUCCCUAGCAUGAUGAAAGUAGAUUAAGCUUCUGAAACUCUAAGCAAUCCCCCAAUUAAAUGCUUCCUCCUAUAA